AUGGAUAAAGAUAACUCAGGCUCCCUUUCAAUGAAUGAAGUAAUGGAGGUUGUCCAAGCCUUUAAUGUGCCAGUCUCAAUGAACAUCGCUACUGAGAUCUUCAAUUCAGUUGACAAAAACAAGGAUGGAGAGAUUGAUCUCAAGGAAACAAACCCAAUGAGAGUAAUCUAUCUUCUUCUUGCAUUCUCCUUUCCUAUUCUCCAUGCAGAAGUCAUUACCACCUCUAGGGUUACCACGAACACAUCAAAUCAGUUGACAAACCAGUCCUCAAAUGUCACAUCAGACACCACAAGUACUCACGACAAUCUGAGCUUCCAGUUUAGCGUCUGGUUAAUUGUUCUACUGAGUUUUACUUCGUUAUUUGCAAUUUGGUUCAUACUUUGUGGACUCUUUCGUCGAGCAGAUGCUUAUCGAAUGCCGGGUAUGGAAGUCCCUGAAUAUGGAUUUGGAGGAGGCUAUGGUCUUAGUUUUGGCGGUGGUGGAGGAGGUGGUGGUCUUUUUAGUGGUCUGAAUUAUGAUGAAGACGUAUAG